GUAAUAUGCCCUCUGUAUUUUCAAUGCAGUGACUCUCUUUCUCUCUCUUUAGCCACAACUCUUUGGUAGCUUCAAAAUCUUCUCUUAUCUCUUCCAUUCUAUCAGCGCAAACAAGCAGCAUCCAAAUCCUGUGCUUUAAAAAAAAAAAAAAAAAUCCUGUGCUUAACUCUGUUGCAACACCAUGGCUGUUGUUGUUCUUGCUGUGAUUUUGUUGGCUAUGGUUGGUCACUCAAAAAGGUGUUGCCUUUUUUUUAUCUGGAGAACCACAACAUUGUUCCUUCUUGAAUUACAGAUUCAGGUGGGACAUGGUGUGUAUGCAGAGAAGGAUUAAGCGAAGCAAUGCUGCAGAAGACUUUAGACUACGCAUGUGGCGCAGGAGCUGACUGUGGACCCAUUCACCAGAACGGACCUUGCUUUAACCCAAACACCGUCAAGUCUCACUGCUCCUACGCUGUCAACAGCUUCUUUCAGAAGAAACGUCAGUCUCAGGGAACUUGUGACUUCGCCGGCACAGCCACCGUCUCAGCCUCUGAUCCCAGCUACACUACUUGUGCUUUUCCUGCAAGUUCCAGUGGAAGUGGGACAAUGACACCGGUGACGACAACACCAUCGACAAGAGUCCCUACGACAACUAAUACAAGACCCUACACAGUCACACCUUCAACAGGAGGUGGUUUAGGGAUUCCAGCCGGUGGUUUCAACCCAGACUACACUGAUCCAUCUUAUUCCUUUGGAUCCAAACUCCAAAACCCAAGAGCCACCACUUUAUUUUUAUUCAUGCUCUUCUACUUGUUGAUCUAGUAGAGUAACCAACAACUAACGUUGGACUGUGGAUCAUGUGACUGUGUGGGUCUCUCUCUCCCACUAAUGGAAUCUUUUGAGAGAGACUUGUUUUCUUCAAUCUUUGUCUGGCUUUUUCCUAGCUGUUAUCCACUUGCUUCUGCAAAAGAAAAAAAUUGUACAUUAUGAUUUUAAGUAAGGUGACGGCAAAUAUUUAAGGUUA